AUGAAUCAACCUAAAGUUUGGGAUGCAUAUAGUAAAAGUUAUCAUAAUAUCGAAAAAAAUCCAGCAGGAUUUUAAUUCACUUUGCUCAACAUGUUGAGAGUGAAUGAAGCAGAUGAGUAAAUCAUAUUAUAAUAAACAAGAAUUCUAGAUGCUGGUUGUGCUGGAGGCCAUUUGCAUUAAUACAUUUUAUAAUAAAGGAAAAAGAACUGCAGAUUAAUAGCAUUUGACUUUUCUCUUGAAAUGAUUAAAAUUGCAGCAGCUAGAAUGAUUAAAUAUUUUAAUAAUCCUCUAAGUGGUUAAAUUGAAGAUAUAAGUCCUUAAGAAAUUGAAAAUGCUGAUAUAAGUAUUUUUGACACUUAUUAUAUAGAUUGCCCAUUAUUGGAGGAAAACAACUAUAGAAUCUUUUAAGGAGAUGUUUAAUCAUUACCAUAAUUGAAUGAUAAUUAAUUUGACAUUUAUAUAUCAAAUUUAGUAUUGCAAUUAGUGGGAAAUAAAGAUUAGGCUCUUUAGGAAGCCUUUAGAAUUUUAAAGCCUGGAGGUAAAAUAGGAAUUGUAAUUCCUGUUGUAUAAGGCAAUUCUCUUAUGUUAUCCUUAUAAUAGUGUUUUAUAAAAGCUGGUUUGAUACCAAAUAAUGCAUAUAAACCAACUGAUAUUGAAACAAGAGAAGGAAUGAUAAAUUUCAUAAGUAAACAUGGUUUCAAAGAUAUAGGUAUAUAAAUAGAAUGAUUAAUUUAAAUAGUAUGUUGGAAUCAAACAAUUCCGUUUGAUCUUUUUGAUAUUGAUGAUAAUUACAUUUUCCCAUAAUUUAGAGAAAUUCUAGAUAAAGCUCCAAAAGAAUAAGUCGAUUAAUUCUAUGCAUUAUUCAAAUAAGAAGUAUAAAAUAGAUUGGCUUUAAAUCUUCCAUUUACAGUUGAAUCAAUGUCUUUGAUAGCAAAAAAACCAUCAUGA